ACAACAGAGUUAGCUUUGCAAAGUUGUACUCGAAAAUCGUUUAUCAUUCACUUCUCUACCAGAAUGUCGGACAACUCAGCUUCGAGUCGAGCUGAUACAAUUCAGCUGAUCAACACAGCUGAACACCACUUUGCAGCCGGCGACGGCGACCAGAUUCAAGCACGAUCAACUGAACAAGCUACAGGCGAGCCUACUCAACGCAGUGCUGCGGAGCUUUCGGGGGGAGAUCAAGUUGAGCCGAAGGCAAAGCACAGCCAGAGCUCAAUUUACAGCACACACGAGCUUCAGCAACGGUGGAAGCUGCGUCUGCAAAAGCUCGCCGAAUUUGAGAACAUGCAGAGUGAGCGAAACGAAAGCUCUGCUGCUAACGGGGAUGAAACGACAGCUGAGCCAAAGACAUGGAAACAAUUCUGGCAUGACGCAUCACAAAACUCAACGGGCUCUGAUCCAUAAAUCAGCUGAACACAAUUUGAUGAGAAUAUUAAUAAAAUAAAAAUGAAAUUGCUGACUUAAA